CUCACAAGCGCUACACGAUGUCGGAAAACCAGCGGGGUCUUGUGUAUCUGAUCACCGGUGGCUGUGGGUUUCUCGGCCAGCAUUUACUGAGAAUUCUCCUGGAAAAGGAGGACAGACUAGAAGAGAUACGGGUGUUUGACAAACGCGUAGAUCCGACCUUGAAUGAUCUCAGCACAGAGCGGACAAGAGUGGUUGUCAUUCAGGGAGAUAUCACGGAUUAUAAAUCUGUGUUGGAGGCCUCCCAUGGAGCAGAUGUUGUCAUCCACACAGCCAGCUUGGUUGAUGUUUGGUACAAAGUCCCAGAGCCCCUCAUCUACUCUGUCAACGUAACAGGAACAAAGAAUGUCAUCAAAGCCUGUGUGGAGUGCGGCAUCGAGUGCCUCCUCUAUACCAGCAGCAUGGAAGUGGUCGGUCCCAACGUCAAUGGAGAUCACUUUAAGAGGGGCAAUGAAGACACACCUUAUACAGUGAAACACAGCAUGGCCUACCCCAAGAGCAAGUCAGAGGCAGAGAAAAUUGUGCUUGAUGCUAAUGGCACCAAGGUUAAGGGUGGUAAGCGCUUAUACACAUGCUCGCUGAGGCCGACGGGGAUCUAUGGCGAGUGGCACCAGCUAAUGAAGGACUUCUAUAAGCAGGGUGUUCAAAGGGGAGGCUUGAUUGUUGGAGGGAUCCCGGACCAUGUUGAACACGGUCGAGUUUAUGCAGGCAAUGUUGCCUGGAUGCACCUCCUUGCAGCCCGAGCUUUGAGAGAGCGCCCGGAGAAAGUUGGAGGAGAAGCGUUCUACUGCUACGAUGACUCGCCCUACAAAAGCUACGAAGAUUUCAACUUGGUGUUGUUCUCUGAGUUUAACUUUCGAAAGGCCCGGAUACCUACACUGGUGUUAUGGUUUCUGGCCAUGUUUAAUGAUUUGAUGCACUGGCUACUAAAACCCAUACACAACUACACACCGCUGCUGAACAGUUACACCUUGGCCGUUGUUAGCACCACCUUCACAGUGAGCACCGACAAAGCUGAGCGUUAUUUCGAUUACCGCCCCUUGUACAGCUGGGAUGAAUGUCUGGCCCGCACAAAGAAAUGGAUUGGCACAUUUCCUUCAGAAAACCCCAAAGACUGUUGAUCUGAGCUCAACCACAGCAACCUUUGUUAGAAGCUGCUACGUAGACGGACAGGAUCGCAAUACAUAAAUAAUGCCUGUUGUCUAUUGAUGUUGUAGAGAAACGGGCAGUAGGGACAGUGUAAGAGCUUUUAUAUAGAGAAUAUAAACAUGCAUAGUUUUAUAAAAGAUGUCUCAAUAAUUCUCAUUGUAGUAGAUUAAAGGGUGCUUUCAUAGCAUUUUGAAACGUUCAUGUCAACAUUCAAGCUUUAAAAAUAUAUGCAGUACCACUGUGUGUGUUGUGGGGGCGACAACAUACAAUAAAGCAGUAUUGUUCUUGGU